AUGGACGGCGGCGGCGGCGCAGGAAACCGAGCGGAGGCGGAGCGGUGGCUGUAUACCGCCAACAAGCUGCUAAGCGCGCGUGACCUGCACGGAGCGCGCUCCUUCGCGAUUCGCGCGCGUGAAUCCGACCCGACUUAUGAGGCCUCCGAGCACCUCUUGACGGUGAUCGACACGCUCCUGGCGGGGGAGUCGCGAAUCAACGACCAGCACCGCGACUGGUACGGGAUCCUCCAAAUUCUCCGCUACACCACCAACAUGGACCACAUCGCCGCCCAGUACCGCCGCCUCGCCCUCCUCCUCGAUCCCAGCCGCAACCUCUUCGCGUUCUCCAGCCACGCCUUUUCACUCGUCCACGAGGCCUGGUCCGUACUCUCCAACCCCGCCAAGAAAGCCAUGUACGACAGCGAUCUCCGGCUACUCACCACUCCGCCGCCGCAGUCACCCCCGCGUCCUCCUCCGCAACCCAUGCCCAGGCGAAAUGCUAGAUCGAGGGAUGACUCGGCCGAGCCUCGGCCGAACCCCAAUCGUCCCGAGUCUACCGAGUCAACUCGGCAGACUCCAACCGUAGAAUCCGACGAGGGAACGAGUUUCUGGACCUCGUGCCCAUACUGUUACGUUUUGUAUGAAUAUCCGAAGGGUUACGAGGAGUGUACCUUGAAGUGUCAGAGUUGCCGGAGGGGGUUUCACGCGGUGGUGAUACGUUCGCCGCCGCCGUUUACUGGGAAAGAUGGUUCCUAUUGUAGUUGGGGUUUUUUCCCGUUAGGGUUUUCUGGGAAUUCGAAGGACGUGAACGGGGUUUCUUCCAAUUGGAACCCGUUUUCCCCUUUGUUUCCUUGCCCUUUGAGGGGGUCAUCUUAUAGGAAGCCUCAGAGGAAUUGGGAUUACUAUGAUGACGAGGCUGCCGCCGCGUUCAUCGAGUUAUCCGACCCGAGUGAUGAAGAUUCCGGUGAUGGGGAUUGGAGAGUUGUGAAGAGGAGGGGGAAGAAGAGGAGUAGAGGUAAUAAAAAUUCUGGUGAUGGAAGGAGGGAAACUGUGGAAAGACCUAGGAGGGGUGUUCGUACAGGGCAUGAGAAUGUGGGUUCUGGUGAUCCUGCUAGUGCUAGUGCUAGUGCUAGUGCUAAUACUAGUGCUGAUGCUAAUGCCAAAGCUAAUGCUGUCACUGCUUUGACUUCUGGUGCAAAGACGGAGCCUAGUAAGAAGGCUGCGUUGGGUGGUUCGAGAAGGAAGGGUGCUGGAAACUUGGGGAAGUUGGAUUUGAAUGUAGAGUUCAGCAAUGAGGUGGAGGAGCCUUCCCGUGGAGUGCGCGAUCGUGAAGGGAAUGCUGCUGGACAUGCUGAGGAUAAUAUUGAAGGGAUUGGGUUUUUUGAAGGCCUUGAUGAGUUUCUCAGUAGCUUGCCCAUUCUCAAUGUUGUGGGAGAUGAUAAGGUUAAGGGUCAUUAG